GAAGCUGUGCUUCGGUCGUGAGAAAAAAACUAAGAUGGCGUCUCGUCAAGAAAGAUAGGACUAGGAUGCCUUGAGGAGAGUGAUGAUGUUGGUCGAAAAGUGAUUGACAAACACAUAAUUGAUAAGGUUUGAGACCCUCGCUUACCAUUAAACGAACCUCUGCCAUCCAUGUGUGGAACCUGGGUGUUUGACAGAACGGAGUAUAUGGAGAACUAAGGCUGGCAAAACGGUCAACUUUGCUAGCAGCGUCAGCUAGCCAACUGGAACAAGCACAGCUGGCCAACGUUAGCUAACUACCAGUCAUCACAACAACAGAGGAAGGAGAACGACCAACAGCCCUAUCAUACCCCGGGACAUCGAGGUGUCUUCGGGGCAAUGGAAGGGGACGAGUUUGUACCUCCUCCGGAGUGUCCAGUAUUUGAGCCAUCAUGGGAGGAGUUUCAGGACCCCCUGGGCUACAUUGCCAAGAUACGUCCAAUUGCAGAAAAGUCUGGGAUCUGCAAAAUUCGUCCUCCACCUGACUGGCAACCCCCGUUUUCAGUGGAGCUGGAUACCUUCCGCUUCACACCCCGCAUCCAGAGGCUUAAUGAGUUGGAGGCAGAGACCAGGGUGAAGCUUAACUAUUUGGACCGCAUCGCCAGGUUUUGGGAGAUCCAGGCAUCCUCCUUGAAAAUCCCACAUAUUGAAAGACGCAUCCUUGAUCUUUUCAGCCUAUCAAGGAUUGUGACAGAUGAAGGAGGUUUUGAGAUGAUCUGUAAGGAACGGCGCUGGGCUCGUGUGGCCCAGAGGCUUGGCUAUCCUCCAGGCAAGAACAUUGGUUCUCUGCUGCGCUCACACUACGAGAGGAUCGUCUAUCCCUUUGAAAUGUUCCAGUCUGGUGGCAGCUUGCAGCAUUGCAAGCCAAAGCACUAUGAUGGUGAGGAUGUGGAUAAGGAGUACAAGCCCCACUCCAUCCCUCUGCGACAGUCUGUGCAGCCAUCCAAAAUAAGCAGCUACGGACGCAGAGCCAACCGCGGCCAGCCUGAUGGUCCAGAGGAUCUGGCCCCCCAUCCUCUCACCACUGGCUCUCAACUCAUCUCUGCGCCUGAACCCACAGAGGAAGACAUAGAGAAGAACCCAGAACUGAAGAAGCUACAGAUCUAUGGCGCAGGGCCUAAGAUGAUGGGUCUUGGGCUGGUGGCCAGGGACAAAGGCAUCAGGAAGAAAGAUGAACUGCCUCAAACCGUUACCAUCAAGGACAGCGUAUCUCCCGGUUCAGGUGAUAUCUCGGUCAAAGUGGAGCCGCUGGAGCACAAAGAGAAGCCGAGUGAUGGGGGUACCUCUAGCCAUACACCGCCGCCUCCUACCAUCACAGUUAAGACAGAAGUGAAGAAAGAAGAACCAGAGGAUGGCAAAGGGAAAGUGGAGCAGGAAGAUGAUACAGAUGGACCUUGUACCAAAAUGACCAUGAGGCUAAGACGCAACCUCGGCAACCCGCAGUGUGUGGAUUCUUUUGUGUGUCGGAUGUGCGGUCGGGGAGAUGAUGACGAGAAGCUCUUGCUGUGUGAUGGCUGUGAUGAUAAUUACCACACCUACUGUCUACUACCCCCUCUCACUGAUCCUCCCAAAGGCAACUGGCGAUGCCCUAAGUGUGUGGCAGAGGAGUGCAAGAAACCUGCCGAAGCAUUUGGCUUUGAACAGGCUACACGAGAGUACACUUUGCAGAGUUUUGGAGAAAUGGCAGAUGCCUUCAAAGCAGAUUACUUCAACAUGCCUGUCCAUAUGGUUCCCACUGAGCUUGUGGAGAGAGAAUUCUGGCGGUUAGUCAGUAGUAUCGAGGAAGACGUGGUCGUUGAGUACGGCGCGGACAUACACUCCAAAGAGUUUGGCAGCGGCUUCCCGAUGAACAAUGGCAAAAAGAAGCUCACAAAGGAAGAGGAGGAAUAUGCCUGCAGUGGCUGGAAUCUGAACGUGAUGCCCGUGCUGGAGCAGUCACUCCUGUGCCACAUAAAUGGAGACAUCUCUGGGAUGAAGGUGCCAUGGCUUUAUGUGGGCAUGGUGUUCUCAGCUUUCUGCUGGCACAUCGAGGAUCACUGGAGCUACUCCAUCAACUACCUGCACUGGGGUGAACCCAAGACUUGGUAUGGGGUCCCCUCUGUGGCAGCGGAGCGACUUGAGGAGGUAAUGAAGAAGCUGACGCCAGAGCUGUUUGAGUUUCAACCAGACCUCCUGCACCAGCUGGUCACCAUCAUGAACCCCAACAUCCUCAUGUCUCACGGCGUACCGGUUGUACGUACCAACCAGUGUGCUGGUGAGUUUGUCAUUACCUUCCCCAGAGCCUACCACAGUGGCUUCAAUCAGGGAUAUAACUUUGCUGAAGCUGUUAACUUCUGCACGGCAGACUGGCUGCCUGCCGGCCGUUCCUGUAUUGAGCACUACCGGCGUCUGAGAAGGUAUUGCGUGUUCUCCCACGAGGAGCUCACCUGUAAAAUGGCUGCCACCCCAGAGAAACUAGACCUCAACCUGGCAGCAGCCACACACCGGGAAAUGUUCAUCAUUGUUCAAGAGGAGAGGAAGCUGCGGAAGGGUCUGAUGGAAAGGGGCAUUACUGAAGCAGAGCGCGAGGCUUUUGAGCUGCUGCCAGACGAUGAGAGACAGUGUGAUAAAUGUAAGACCACAUGCUUCCUUUCUGCUCUGGCAUGCUCAAACUGUCCCGAGAGACUGGUAUGUCUCUAUCACACUCAGGAUCUGUGCAACUGCCCCACUGAAAAACUCUACCUCAGAUACAGAUACACCCUGGAUGAGCUGUUAGCCAUGUUACACCGAUUAAAGGUUCGGUCUGAGUCUUUUGAUUCCUGGGCCAACAGAGUGAAAGAGGCACUUGAGCAGGAAGAGGGAAACAAAAUAGGAAUUAAUGAUCUGGAAAUGCUGAAGACGGAAGCAGCGGAAAAAAGGUUUCCCGACAACGAACUUCUGCGGAAACUCAACACUGUUCUUAAAGACAUCGAACGCUGCCGGCAGACAAGUGCUGACCUCCUCAGUAACUCAAGGACCGGUGAAAGUAAGAUGACUUUGGCAGAGCUGAAAUCCUUGGUAGAGACGAUGCAAAACCUGCCCUGUGUGAUCAGCCAGUUGCAGGAAGUGCAGGCGGUGCUGCGGACAGUGGAGGAUUUCCAGAGCCAGGCUCAAGUACUGGCCAAUGACAGGGACUGGAGGAAGGACUCUAAAACACCUGAGCAGUUGCAGACUUUGUUGGAGCAGGGGGCCAAGCUGCUUGUUGUGGUGCCAGAGUAUAAUGUACUCCAGGGCCUUAAGGAGCAGGGCCAUUGGCUGGCGGAGGUGAGGCGCACCCUGGGCACAGAAGGAGGGGAGAGGCAGGAGGUGAUGUUGGAUGUUUUGAGGAACUUGAUGGAAGCCGGCUGCAACGUGUCCCAGAGUGUGUCUGUGGAGACAGCCAUGGCAGAGCUGCAGGAGCUGCUCACAAUUGCAGAACGUUGGGAGGAGAAAGCACAGAUCUGCCUAGAACAAAGGCAAAAGCACCCUCUUUCUACACUGGAGGCAAUAGUUAAUGAGGCCCAGCUAAUCCCAGUCAAGCUGCCCAACAUUCUUACUCUACAGGGCUGUCUCACUAGGGCACGGGCCUGGGUGACGGAUCUAGAGGAAAUCCAGAAUGGGGAGCAUUACCCGUGCCUGGAUGACCUAGAGGGCCUGGUAGCUAUUGGAAGGGAUUUGCCCGUCUUCAUGCAGGAGUUAAGACAGCUGGAACUACAAGUAGCCAGCGCUCACUCCUGGAGGGACAAGGCCACCAAGACCUUUCUGAAGAAGAGCAGUCAGCACAGUCUGCUAGAGGUAUUAUGUCCGUGUGCAAAAAGAAGAGAGAGCCGAGAUGAGAUGGAGCCGUUAGAUGAGCCUUUAGAAGAUUCUGAUACCAACACUCUGGGCCUCUCUGCGCAGGACCUGAGAGACCCUGCAGCUAUUGUGAUGGCAUUCAAAGAAGGGGAGCACCAGGAGAAGGAGGCACUAUUGAGGUUACAGAAAAUGAACUUGUGUAAAUCUGGACUUAACGCUGCAAGUUGCAAGGAGGACAAGGAGAACGGGAGGUGGAAGAACGUCAUGGAGACGGACACAUCCAGCCGCUCAGAGAACUCUGUAAAAGAGAAUGGUAACAGUAACCACACCUGUACCACCUCUCCUCAGUCAGUGUGCGUGUGCGCUGGUCAGCCUCGUGCCCCUCAACUUCGCUGUCAUCUGUGUAAGGACUGGUUCCAUGGGGGCUGUGUUCCUUUCCCCUCCCUGCUCCCCACCUCUGGACCACCAGAGAACCCCCUCUGCUGGUGGGACUGGGACUCGCGCUUUUUGUGUCCGCGAUGCCAGCGGUCGCGGCGCCCGCGCCUGGAGACUAUCCUGGCGUUACUGGUUGCCCUGCAGAGGCUGCCAGUGCGUCUGCCUGAAGGAGAAGCGCUGCAGUGUCUCACAGAGAGGGCCAUCACCUGGCAGGGCCGAGCCAAGGACGCACUGGAGACACCAGAGCUGCAGCAGGCCCUUCAGAGGCUGCAAGAACUCAAAGAGACUCUCCUCUGCGAAACCCAGAAAGCUGGAGACGUGGGAAAUGAGACAGAAGGGAGUUCAGUGAUCGUCUUAUCAGACUCUGAGGGAGGUGAGGGAGAGGAAGGAGUCAUUGAUCUGACAGACGAGAAUUCACCUAAAAAGAACACCAAGGAAAGCAACGGCACUCAGGCUGGAUGUGAAAAUGGCCUCAGCAAGAAGUUAAAUGUUACAGGGGUGGGGUCUUUGCUACCCUUGAUGCCUUUGCUAAAAGGCCAGGUAGUGGAGCUUUUACCAGCCACCAGGGUCCAGCUGGAGGAGCUGCAGCUGGAAGGAGAUCUGCUUGAGGUGUCCUUGGACCAGACCCUCAUCAUCCACAGAGUCCUGCAAGCUGCCUCUGUUCCACCCAGAGAAACACUGCACACGCUUAUUCAGAUUGAGCUUGAAGAGCAGAGACGAACGAGCCGCGGGCGAGCCAAGGACUCCAAAAGGAAGCGAAAGAGCCACAGAGGUGGCAUUGGGGAAGGGGCCAGAGAAAGGUCUCUGGAUGCCUCAGAGUCAAAGAAAACCUGUCCCAUCAGCCCCUUCCCUCAGUUACCUGUCCAGACCUAUCCAGAGAUUUUGUGAUAUAUUCAACGCUGUAGCUCUGUUUAAGCGGAUUAGCCGGGGGAAUUGAAGGGACAGAGCAUUCUGUGCCAGAAGACAGUGUCAAGUUAUAACAAGAUGCAGGACUUCCCCAGGCCUGUAUCCCACGUCCCUUCUCAUCCCUCAUUCACACAUUCAGACACUUAAGAGUGCGAUGACUCUUCUUCUACACUCCACCGUCUCAUCCUAAACUCAGCCAUGUCUCACCCGUCGUCAUUAUUUUUCUUCAGACUCGCUGUCUUAACCAAACUUUAUUCUCCACCUUCCCUGGACCCAGUUUUUCCUGUGAACAUAGUAAGACUGUGUUGAACCGAUGUGGGACUUGCCGCAGUUGGAGUGUUUUUGGUCUAGAGUUGUCUCUGAGGUCCAUCGGUUUGCUACGUUAUCCCCUGCGUAUUAAAUGCGAGUUCGGCUGAAGCCUGCCUCAGCGCCAGCUGUUGCAGUUUCCCUUCGUUGAGCCCGCUCGUUGAAGUCGGAUAAGCUACGGAGUUCAUUUAGGCCGUUCUGUUCGGGCACGAAUCCUGAACCUGAGGUACAGCGGAGGGCACCGACUGCUGAUCUUAGACCACAGCACCGUGGUUACACUUGUAUUUUUUUAGUUGUAUUUAAUCUUGUGUUCGAUGCGGUCUUGAGCGGACGUGCAUUUUGAAUAAACUGAGUAAAUUUUGGGAAGUGUUAAAAGCAAGAAUUAAUGUUUUUGGUGCUACUUUCCCAAAAUGGACAUCUGUACCUCUUGGCUUGUUUCUCCGCCCUUCCCUCGCUGCCUUUAUUUUCUCUUUUCUUUUUUAAGCGCCCAUCCUUUUGACCCCAUAUUGUAUUCCUUUCAAUUUUACCUCUUCUCCCUCAUUCUCUUGCAAAUUAAGGUAACUUCACUGUAUCUCACUUUGUCACAAUUUAUUUUGUUAUAAUAUGGGUUGGGUAACAAUAUUGAUAUUGCAGACACACAGUUGUCGUGAGUUUCUGUAUAAACUUAUCAUUUUAAUGUUGCCUUUGUUUCUUUUCACUCUUGUUAGAAAAAUAAAGGUUUAGAAUUGUUUAGGA